CGAAGCCUUCGUUUAUCACCAGGUUAAACUCGGUGCCAGUGGGACUCAGGUGGUGUCAAGUGAGAAGCUGCUGCGGGGCAUUGAGUGGACCUUCACUAACCGCUAAUUUAUUUCGGAAAUAAUUCACAUUUGGAGACUUCUGGACAAAUCACGACAUUCAGCCCUUGUCAAAGUGAGAGCCCCUGCUGCUUCUCCAGAAUGCUCCCUUUGAGGAAAAUAUCUUCUAGGUGAUACUCGGUGGGCUGUGACGUGGAGAUGUUCACUUGUGCUGCCUUGCUGAUACUAUGCAUAUGGAUACAAACACAAACAGCCUCGGGACAGCGCACGUGUGUUCCUCCUACUCCACAAAGGCCGGAGGAUUUCACUGUAAAAUACUCCCUCCCUCACUUCCAGAUGGACAAACCCAUACAGAACAUAGCGGUAAACUGGGAAGAUAAUCGGCCCGACGUGUAUGUUGCGUGUCAGAAUGUAAUCAAGGCAGUCAGCUAUGAUAUGGAAGAAAUCUGGGAGGUUAAAACUGGACCCGUUGGCAGUCCUGACUGUUCCACCUGUGGGUUGCGUGACAUGGAAAUAGAUUCUGGGGAUCCCGUGGAUACGGACAACGAGGUUCUGCUCUUGGAUCGGUUUAUAUAUCCCUCCCCCUACUUGUACUUUUGUGGGAGCACUCAACAUGGGAUCUGCCACUUCAUCGACACCGGCUCUCCGCAGCCCGAGCCGAAGUGUUUAUACAAAAACAGCUCCGUGACCAGCUGUAAAGACUGUCUGGCCAGCCCCCUCGGCACCAAAGUCACCAUCGUUGAGGAAGGACAAACAGUGGCCUUGUUCGUCGCGUCUUCUGUCAAUGAACGAGUGGCACAGAGGUACCCGAGGAGGUCGAUAUCCGUGGUCAGGCCACUUUCAACUGAGGAUGGGUUUCACUUGGUGACGAAUGGCCUGACGGUGCUCCCCGGUCUGCAGAACUCGUACAAGAUUGAUUACAUCUACAGCUUCUCCACCGAGGAGUUUGUCUACUUCCUGUCGCUGCAGAGGGAAGACCCUUUCAAGAGCACCUCGCCUUUUCAGACUCGUCUUGGACGACUGCCGAAACGAACCCCGGAGGUGUGGAUGUACAGAGAGUUGGUCCUGGACUGCCGCUACGAACCGAAGCGCCGGAGGAGACGAAGCGAGAAUUUGAAAUACAUCGUGUACAACGGGCUACAGGCGGCCCACUUUGGUCGCAUUGCGAAGGACUUGGCAGUAGAGCUGAGGGUGAAAGAGGCGGAGGACAUUCUGUACGGGGUGUUCGCAGAAGUGAAUGCGCGCGGCGAGCCCAAAAAAAGCUCAGCCCUGUGCGCCUUCCCUCUGACCGAUGUCAACCUUGCCAUAGACAUAGGUGUGGAGGUCUGCUGCAAGCGGAGCCCGGAGCAGCUCUCUCGAGGUCUCUGCCACUUCCAGCCGUGCGAGAGCUGCCCACAUGAAGGCUCUGAAGGUAGUGACACUUGCAGCGCCGAACCCACUCUCGUGUCAAAGCCUUACUACAGAGUAGACGUCUUCGACAGGCAGAUGAGUGACGUCCUUUUCACUUCUAUCCUGGUCACCACUGUUGGAAAUCACACGCUGGGUCACUUCGGUACCUCAGAUGGCCGCAUACUGCAGGUGAUUCUUGCUCUGUACCAGCCUAUUGUUUUUGCCAACUACUCUCUUGGAGAAAACAAAGUGUCCAGGACAGCAGAAGUGUACUCAGACGAGUCCCUUCUCUUUGUGGUGGGAAAUAAGAUGUUCAGGGUGCCCUCUGCAGGACCAGGGUGUGAACAUUUCAUGACGUGCUCCGUGUGUCUGACGGCUCCAGACUUCAUGAACUGCGGCUGGUGUUCAGGACUCUGCAAGAGGGAGCAUGAGUGUCUCAAACAGUGGAACAACGACUCCUGUGCACCCGUCAUCACAGAGUUUUCCCCUAAAACAGCACCUGCUGGUGCUGAGACAGAAGUGACAUUGUAUGGCUGGGAGUUCCAGUCUCCCCUGCGACCCGCCAUCAUCAGCGGCAGGACCCACAUCGUCACGGUGGGCUCUGGGACCGUGUGCAGCGUGCUGCCCAAAAGGAGCAGCAGUGAAGUUCUAGUAUGCAAGAUUCGGGAAAACACACCAAAACAGAACCUCAACAUCACCCUGGAGGUCCACGAGGGGGUCAAAGCCAAGCGCUGCUACUCAAUCGAAGGAACCUCACAGAUUCCCGGCUUCUCUUUUGUGGAGCCGAGAUUGAUCGGAUUCCGGCCUGAACACGGCCCUGUGUUUGGAGGGACGGCGGUUACACUGACAGGAAGACAUCUGGAUUCUGGGACGCAGAGAGACGUCUUCUUUGCUGACAAGAAGUGCAACAUCCAAAGCGUUCGCAAAGAAAGUGGGACUUCUUCGAUUGUCUGCCUUACAGCAGCCGCAGUCCGUGUCAGCGAGGUACCCGUGACGAUCGUCAUUGACAACUUUAAUGUGACCACCACCAAGACGUUCUCCUACAAGAAAGAUCCCGUUAUAACCGCUGUACAUCCUAAUUGCAGUUUCCAAAGCGGCUCCAAGCUGGUGAUAGAAGGUCAGAAUCUUGACUCCGCCCACAGGACUGUGGUUGAGUACACGUCCAAAAAUCUCAACAUACAACGAAUCUGCAGCGGCACAAGUAAUGCCACACAUUUGGAGUGCUGGGCACCUACUUUUCCAGAAGAACUGCCUGAAGAAAAGUCCGACACAGGAAGCCUUUCUAUUUCCAUGGAUGGGAAAAGGAACCUUUGGAAGAAGCAUUUCGAAUACCACCCUAAUGCGCAGAUCAUUCCUUUUGAAAAUGAUGACAACGAAUUACUUCUGAAACCAGGAGAAACGGAGGUCUCACUGCACCAUAGCAAACUGAAUGCAGUACAUCCAUGCAUGAAGAUCACGAUGACCAUCGGCGGUGUGGACUGCAACGUCAAGGUUCUGUCAAAUGAGCUGACGUGCAGGAUAGCAAAAGGCCGGGUUAUUCCUCAGGAGGGGCUUCCUGUGGAGGUGUCCGUGAACGGGCGAGCUCACGCCGUGGGUAAAGUCGUCCACGAUGACGGCAGCAACAACAACACUGUCAUUGCGGGAAUUGUGAUGGGCAUCAUUGCCGCAUCAGCUUUAGGUGCUGGCGUCGCAUUAGGCGUGAUGAUCCAUUUGAGGAAGAAAAAGAGAGCCAACAUAGAGAAUCGUUUGUCAACAAUGCUUUCACGCGACCGAAUUGGCAGCGGCCGUGAUAUCUCUCCGACAGGGGACUACAGACGAGUGGAUCUGUCCAAUCAAACAUCGGGUUCGGGGGGAAUGGCGUUCCAAGGGUUGUUGUAUGCGGCAAGCAACGACCAUCUGUCCAUUCCUUUAAUGGCCAGGGAGAAUAUCUCAAUGGUCAGUCUGAGCUCUGAACUUCUUGAAGAAGUCAAAGACGUUCUGAUCCCGGCUGAGAUGCUUCGAAUUGAGAACAGCCAGAUAAUCGGAAAAGGCCACUUUGGCACAGUUUACCAUGGAUACCUGAUAGACAGCAAACAGCAAGAGACCCACUGCGCUGUCAAGUCCCUGAACAGGAUCACAGAUUUGAGGGAGGUGGACCAGUUCCUCAGAGAGGGCAUCAUCAUGAAAGGUUUCCACCACCCUAACAUUCUGUCUCUGCUGGGCAUCAUGCUGCCCAAAGAAGGGCUCCCCCUGGUGGUUCUGCCGUAUAUGAAGCACGGAGAUGUGCGUCACUUCAUCCGUUCUGAGAAAAGGAACCCAACAGUGAAAGACUUGAUUGGCUUCGGGCUUCAAGUUGCCAAGGGGAUGGAGUAUCUAGCACAGAAAAAAUUUGUCCACCGAGACCUGGCAGCACGUAACUGCAUGCUCGAUGAGACCUUCACCGCUAAGGUGGCCGACUUCGGCAUGGCGAGGGACAUCUACGACAAGGAGUACUACAGCAUUCAAGAUCACAAACGGGUGAAGCUGCCAGUGAAGUGGAUGGCCAUCGAAAGCUUGCAAACACAAAAGUUCACCAUCAAGUCUGAUGUGUGGUCAUAUGGCAUCUUAAUGUGGGAGCUGUUGACCAGAGGUGCCAGCCCGUAUCCAGAUGUGGACCCGUACGACAUCACACACUACUUGUUGAAGGGACGUCGGCUUCCCCAGCCACAGUUUUGCCCCGAUACUCUCUACUCUAUAAUGCUGACGUGCUGGGACCCGGAGCCCGAGUGCAGACCGAGCUUCAGCAGCCUGGUAACAGAAGUGCAGCACGUGCUGUCCUCUCUGGUAGGAGAGCACUACAUAAAUCUGAAGGUCACCUACGUGAACUUAGACCAGCUACGGGCCUACCCGUCCCUCACUGGGUCUGCAGAUGAGGCCGAGGCCUCGGACACGGACACAGACGGUGCUGCUGGCAGCUGAGGAUGCAAACCUGCACACAUUUAAGGUCGAUUGAAAAGACGCUGUAGGUACGACGGACGGAGCUGAGGCGAAGCCAUGCGGGAAAUUCCCCAUCCUUGUUACUACGUUUUGUUUGUGAUAAAAUGAAUGUGAGGUGUGCAGUUGUUGAUGUUAGACUGCGUGCUAUUAUAGGUACAUGCAUCCAAGACCGACUGUUAGACACCGUCAAAGUGUCAAAUUUCUGUUUUAUUACACAAUUUUCCUGCUAUAUGGGGAGAUGACAAAGAUGAAAUCUCUUCAUAUAGGAAACAGAAUGUGUACUUUAAUACAAAGAACAUGUGAAAUGCGCAAUCACUCAAUGUUCUCAGAUUUAUAGCCAUUGAUAAUUUGGCAAAAGCUCCUCACCUGCGGAAUUAAACAGUAAACUUGCCACUAGAGGGCAACCGACGCCUUCUUCUUCCUUAAUUAAACACGCUUCAGUCGCUGCUGCAGUGCAAGGUGCCUACUGCAGCCCGCUCUACACAAAUAGGUUACACAAACAGUGCCACUACAAUGUAUUUAUCUUAACAAACGCAAUCAUUUCAACCAAAUCAACACAGCAUAACAUUCUGCCCUUCCAUGCAAUUGCAAUGCUCUUCACAGCAAAUUAAACAAUCUAUGGGAUUUUAGAAUUAAGCACUGAUUUGUCAACGUUCCCGGCUGACGCUGUUUUUUGAAAUAAAAUGAUGUUGACCAACAAUCUUUCUCCCAAGUGGUAAUAAAAUUGGUUCAUCGCUGCUUUUUCCUCUCUGAUGUUUCUCACUCAAGAGUGUUUUUGCGGAGAUAAAUGGUUGAUGAAUGUCGAGUAAAGGGCCGUCAACAAAU